UUAAAAAGAAGAAGAAGAAGCGUCUUCUGACGUAGGUGACGUCACUUCCUGGAGUCAGUAGACACAAUCGAUGUAUAAACAAAACCAAUUAAAGCCUUAAUAAAUCAUUGGAGAAGGUGUUGAGUCCGACUAGGAUGAAGGUGGUGAAUUUAAAGCAAGCCAUUUUACAGGCUUGGAAGGAGCGAUGGAGUGACUAUCAAUGGGCAAUUAACAUUAAGAAAAACUUCCCUAAAGGGGCAACGUGGGACUACCUCAACUUUGCAGAGGCUCUGAUGGAACAAGCGAUGAUUGGACCGUCUCCCAACCCACUCAUUUUGUCCUACCUUAAAUAUGCUAUAAGUUCACAGAUGGUGUCUUAUUCCAGUGUGCUCACAGCCAUCAGCAAGUUUGACGGUUUUUCUCGGGAGCUGUGUGUCAAAUCACUGCUGGAGAUAAUGGACAUGUUCUGCCAUCGUCUCAACUGCCACGGGAAGGCUGAGGAAUGCAUCGGAUUGUGCCGGGCCCUGCUGGGGGUGGUGGUGUGGCUCCUGCAGGGAUGUGCGUUUUACUGUGACAAACUGAGAGAACUGGGUCCAUCGGCGAGCACAGAGGCCGUCCUCAGAGCCUGCCAGGAAAGGCUGCACGGCCUGAUGAGCAGCACCAAGAACAAAGCUCUGGUCCAUAUCGCCCGGCUGGAGGAUCAAGGUUCCUGGGCUAACGUUGAACAAGCAAUGAUUAAAGUGACAGACGGCCUCUGUGACGUACCAAACCAGACACUGAGGACUUCAAUCGAGGAAACCUUGUCUUUGGUGAAAAGUAUUCCCCACAUGCUCUCCGUGCAGUGUGAGCCUCCUGCUCACGCCUCCUUCCCGUCUGUCCAUGCUUUCAUCAUGCUGGAGGGAACCAUGAAUUUGACAGGGGAGACGCAGCCUCUGGUGGAGCAGCUGAUGAUGAUUAAAAGAAUGCAGCGGAUCCCUGGUCCCCUGUUCGUCCUGGAGAUCUGGAAGGCUUGUUUUACGGGCCUCAUCGAGUCGCCGGAGGGCACUGAGGAGCUAAAAUGGACCGCCUUCACUUUCCUCAAAAUUCCACAAGUUCUGCUCAGACUGAAGAAGUAUCCUCAAGUAGACAAAGGACAGGAUUUUACAGAGGAUGUAAAUAUUGCGUUCCAGUACCUUCUGAAACUGACACCACUGCUGGAUAAAGCUGAUCAGAGAUGCAACUGCGACUGCCUCGGCAUGCUGCUGCAGGAGUGCAACAAGCUGGGACUGCUGUCAGAUGUCAACACAGAAUGCCUGACUUCCAAACGGUAUGACUUGUUUGUGAUCCUGUCGGAUCCCAGUCCCUCAGGGGAGACGCCCUUUUUUGAAACAUGGCUGCAGACGUGCAUGCCGGAGGAAGGGAAGACUCUGAAUCCGGACCACCCCUGCUUCAGACCGGAGCCGGGGAAAGUGGAGAGCCUGGUGACUCUGCUGAACAGCUCUGCAGAAAUGAGACUGGUUCAGAUGAAGUGGCACGAAAUCUGCCUCAACACUCCGGCAGCCAUUUUGGAAGUCCUUAACGCGUGGGAGAACGGCGUGCUGUCUGUGGACGUGGUACAGAGGAUUACAGACAACAUCAAGGGGAAGGUAUGCAGCAUGGCUAUUUGUGCCGUGGCCUGGCUGGUGGCGCACGUCAGGAUGCUUGGACGGGAUGAGAGGGAGAAGCCGCAGACUAUGAUCCGACAGCUAGUUACUCCCCUAUAUGCGGAAAACACUCUACAGUUUUAUAACGAACGCGUGGUCAUAAUGAGCUCCAUCAUGGAGCAGAUGUGUGCGGACGUCUUCCAGCAAACGGGCGCCUUGUUGCGUUCCCCCCUAGAAGGCCAGGAGCCCAUCCCGUACCGCAACCUGCUGCCUCCCAAAGAACCCAUUCACCGCUCCCUCAGCCAGCAGUUCCAGGCUGUGCUGCGCAAAGGCUGGGUGGACAGUCGAGCUCUGCACCUGUUCGAGGGUCUGCUCAACAUGGGGGGGGUCUUCUGGUUUACUAACAACCUGAUCAAGGAGCUGCUGAAGGAAACCCGGCAGGAGUGGGCCAGUAGGGUGGUAGAGUUACUCUACAGCAUCUUCUGCCUGGACAGUCAGCAGAUCACGCUAACUCUGCUGGGAACCAUCCUGCCCAACCUUCUAACCGACUCCGCUCAUUGGCACAGCCUGGCAGACCCUCCUGGAAAGGCCCUGGCCAAGUUGUCGGUGUGGUGUGCUCUCAGCUCCUACUCCUCUCACCACAAAGGAGCGUUUUCAGCCCGGCAGCGGAAAAGGCAGAGGGAAGAUAUCGAGGAUUACAACAGUCUCUUCCCGUUGGACGACACUCAGCCAUCUAAACUCAUGCGGCUCCUCAGCUCCAAUGAGGAUGAACCUGUAGCCCUUUCCAGUCCAGGAGACCGAUCGAUGAGCAGUUCCCUGUCUCCCUCCCAGCUUCACACCGUCAACAUGAGGGACCCGCUCAAUAGAGUCCUGGCCAACCUCUUCCUCCUCUUCUCCUCCACCCUGGGCUCCAAGAUGGCGGGGCCCCACACCCAGUUUGUGCAGAGUUUUAUUGAGGAGUGCGUGGAGUGCCUGGAGCAGGGAAGCCGUGGGAGCAUCCUGCAGUUCAUGCCUUUUACAAUGGUCUCUGAGCUGGUGAAGCUGCCGGCUCUGGCCAAGCCUAAAGUGGUCCUGGCCAUCACUGACCUCAGUCUGCCUCUGGGGAGGAGAGUCGCUGCCAAAGCCGUCGCUGCUCUCUGAACUCUUCCAGUUUCUACUUCCUGCUGCGUCCCGCUCUCUACUUGGACUCAGCUGAUAUGUUCAGAGAAUUGAAAUAGAGACGAAGGUCAAACCAUAAACCCUAACUGAGAGGAAAGGACUGCAGCUGGAUCAGCUAAAUUAGCGGACGUCUCCAUUUCCUUCCCCUUUUAGCUGACUGAAUGGUACGCAGGGGCAGGCGCCAUGUUUAACAGCAACGCUGGAAGUUAGUCCCAUUUGCAUUUCCAUUUGGGUAAAUUAUUUUCUCUCAAUCGUUUAAAGUCAAUAAAAGAUUUUCUUUUCAUUCCAAUUUCAACCUUUUUUUAUAUAAAUAUUUCUUGUACCCUUUGUUUACUUAUUUCCUGUAUUUUUGCCAAUAAAGUUCGAAAACAAACAAACAAAAUAUAAUAUUAUUGUUGCAGCAGAGAACAUGUUUUGGAAAAACAAUCUAGAAAUAAAGCUUUGAAAAACAUCUUAAUUUAAAAAGGUUUAAGACUAACUUUGAUGU